AUGUAUCAUGUAUCUGAACAAGUGCAUGGCAAAGCUGAAGAUUUCAAAGUUAACUGGAAACGAGUAGCUAUUACAAGUACAUUUGGCUUUGCUUUUGUUGGACCUGUGGGCCAUUUUUGGUAUGAAAACUUGGACAAAUUCAUACAAUUGAAGCUUCUCCUACCACCUAAGUCAGCUCGGUUUGUUGCCUCUAAAGUGGCAAUGGAUAGUCUUAUCUUUGGUCCCCUUGAUUUGUUGGUGUUUUUCACGUACAUGGGAUUUUCAACUGGCAAGAAUGCUGAACAAGUGAAGGAAGAUUUAAAGAGAGAUUUCAUACCAGCCCUUAUCUUGGAGGGUGGUGUGUGGCCAAUUGUUCAAGUUGCUAAUUUCAGAUAUGUUCCUGUGAGGUAUCAGCUCCUCUAUGUUAAUAUUUGUUUACUAACAUUUGUUUUGUGUUUCGUCUGA